GUCUCCAUCACUCUGUCUGUCCUCCAGCUCAUUGGCUCCAUCAUCUCCAUCCUGUUUAUCUCUGUUUUCCUUCAUCACCUGAACUUUAUAUUUCUGAUACCAUAGAUUCUUAAUGAAUAUUUAAUAAGCCCCCCCUGCUUUCCCCUCUCCCACCUCCUCUCUCUGCCUCUCCUCUUCCCUCACCCUUCUCACCACCUGUUAGUGCUUCCCGCUUGCUCUGGGAUUCACUCGUUUAUGAGGGAGUUUCACACUCGCACAUUCACGGAGCUCUAUGACGGUACGCAAGGGAAAGAAACUGACCAUUUCCAUUCAGGAGCACAUGGCUAUUGAUGUCUGUCCCGGCCCCAUUCGCCCAAUCAAGCAGAUCUCUGCCUAUUUCCCUCGCCUCUCCCCCACCUCCUCCAUCUCGGAGCCCAUCUCGCCAAACCCGAAGGUCCUGAGCCCUGGAAGCGGAGGGGCGGCUGGAGGGGGUCUGCUCUCUCCUGUACUGACAGGAGCCACAGGUGGCGGAGGAGGAGGGACCUUGUCUGCAAUGAGUAGCAUGGACACAUCCAUUGAAAUUGACAGCUGCGACAGCGACGACAGCACGUCUUUAGGCAUCCUGGAGUUUGACCUGCUGUAUGAAAGAGCCACCAGCUCCUUGCACUGCACUGUUCUCAGAGCCAAGGGACUUAAGCCAAUGGACUUUAAUGGUUUGGCAGAUCCAUAUGUGAAGCUACACCUACUACCAGGAGCGUGCAAGGCAAAUAAGCUGAAGACUAAAAUUGUGCGCAACACUUUGAAUCCAGUGUGGAACGAGACUCUAACCUAUUGUGGCAUCACUGAGGAAGACAUGUACAGGAAAACUCUAAGGGUGUCUGUGUGCGACGAGGACAAGCUGAGCCACAAUGAAUUCAUAGGGGAGUCGCGGGUCGCCCUGCGCCGCCUGAAGCCUGACCAGACCAAACACUACAAGAUAUGUCUGGAGCAUCCCCCUCCUCUUCCCUCCCCCUCCGCUAUGAGUGUAGCCCUCAGGGGUAUCUCCUGCUACCUGAGAGAGUGGGAGAUUGAGCAGCAGAGGAGUCUGGAGGAACGGGGGCGCCUGCUUCUCUCCCUCCAGUUCCUCUCCCCGUCGGACGGAGCAGAAGAGGACGGGCAGGCCAAAGAGGGGGGCCGCAGUGGGCUUUGUGUGGGGGUGCGGCGCUGUGCCCAUUUGGCCGCCAUGGACGUCAACGGCUUCUCAGACCCAUACGUCAAGACAUACCUUAAGCCAGACAUCCACAAGAAAUCCAAACACAAAACCGCAGUCAUAAAAAAGACCCUUAACCCAGAAUUUAACGAGGAGUUCUUCUAUGAGAUUUCCCUCUCGGAACUUUCCACUAAGACACUGGAAGUCACUGUCUGGGAUUAUGACCUCGGAAAGUCCAAUGACUUUAUCGGGGGUGUGUCUCUAGGCUGUCACUCACAGGGAGAUGCGCUACGGCAUUGGGUGGAAUGCCUGAAGAAUAAGGGCAAGAAGGUGGAGCGAUGGCACACCCUAACCAAUGAGCUGCCGGGAUCCACAUUUCAUGAUUGAAAGGGCAUAUUCAGUAUACUGUCAGUAGCUACGGUACUCAUUAGAAAACUUAUGAGUGUAGUACGUACACAUCCUUUGCUGGGUGCUAAUGGUGGACCUAUUUUACAGGGAUGUAAUCUACAUGUAUAUAGUGUACAGGAAAUCAUUUCUCUUUUUAAGCCUAAUGCAUUCUGUACUUUUAUUUUUUUCUCUGCAGUGUAUUAUACUUUUAUUUUGUGUCUGUAGGCUAUAGUUUGGUAUUGAUUUAUCAUUUACUUUUCUUCUAAUGCCUUGUUAUAUGGUAUCUUUCCAUUGCAAUAACAUUAACUAUUGAAAAUGCUUCCAAUAAAAAUUCUAAGUGGUCUUAAAUAUUCUCUUACUAAAGGCAUUUACCGCAGGUUCCAAAAUUGGUUGUUUUUAUGAAUAAUGACUAUUGUGACUGAAUCUUCCACAUUGACUGUUUUCUGUAAAAUCUUGAAGUACCUUUAAAUAUGGCAUUACUGCUGCAACUCCUGCUUCCCUGCCCAUUUCCGUCUCCGAAGGCCUGACUGAAAGCACAUCCUCUAUACCUCGUGUAUACAUUUGCAGGUGCAGAACACUAAAUAUUGAUGACAGCAAAAUUAUUAUGCAUUUGCCAAGAUCAAGGGAAAAAAAUGAAUAGCCUGUCAUUCAGUAGAAAUAUUUUGAUAAUUUCCCCAAAUCCCAAAAUAGACACAGGUAAUCAUACCCUCUGCACCUGGGGCAUCAUGCUUUCUCUUCCCCUUAUAAAUGCUGCAUAAUUCUUCCCCUCUGUAUCUCCGCACUGGUCGCUUGCACUGUUGUUCAGUGGAUUGCUGUGAACACUUGGCAGAACUCUAAAUAAAAUAUUAUGGUCUGACUGACAUUUUCAAUCUGUUUACUGAUUUUGGUGUAGUCUGCAAAAUAAUGCUGAUUUUGAAACAGUGUAUGAUUAUUAUAAUUCUGUACUUGACCUUAUUGUUGUGAGGAGGAUUGUUAUGCAGAACAAUCUAUCCAUAACUUAUAACAUUCUCCCAAUGUGCCUGCGGGAGUAAGGAAGCUACAUUAAGCAACUAUGAGGCAUGUCAAUCUCCAGUGAUGUUGUUCUAUAUCCAGUACGUAUGUCUCUUACACUAUUCUUCUCAGUGUCACUGUCCAAAGGAAUUGCAUGCCCCUGUGUAUGAAUGCUGAUUUAUGAUUUAUUUUAAGUGUUUAUUUUUGUUGUGGCUUUGUCCAGUUAUUGCAGGGAAUGGGAUUACUAAUGUUUAUAUUUAUACAAGAUGUUUCUGAAUAAACAUGGUGGAAAUGCAGUGAAUUAUA